GGUAGCGGCCUGGGCGGGGGCAGCAUCACUGGGAGGAAGGACCGACAACAGAGCCAAGGCCUCAUGGGGAAGGAACCCUUCAGCGGGGCCGGGACGAGGAAGGAGGGAACGGAGAAGAGGAAGUCCUGGGGAUCGGGGUCCGGACCCUCCCCCCUUCGGCGCAUUUCCGCUUUUUCGGGCUCUUCCCCCUCCUCCCCUCCCAUCUUAAAUUCAACAACAUUGUAUCCGCUUGCCUUUCGUGAGGGAUCAAGAAGAAGAAUGGAUGCAGCUCUGGAAGAGAAAAGCAGAAAGAGGAAGCAGCCACAAAAUGAGCUUUUCAGAGGGUCUGGGGAAGAUACAGCCACUAGAAAUCCAGAUAAUGAAGAAAGUCACCCUAAGUGGAAGAAAGCUCGCUUAUCUACCAAGUUAUUUGUUAACAACUGCGAAAUAAGCCAUGACAAGCUACGUGAACUGCUGAAGUCUGCAGCAUUGGGAAAACAGCACAAAUCCACUGAACAAGAGCUUUCUAAUUUGGGCUGGUGCCAUCUUUCACACCCAAAGCAUCUGAACAGUGUGGUGGUUAUUGUUCUUCAGGGAGUGAGUCAACUGCAUUUUUACAAGUUCUAUUUACAGUUCAAACACCUCCGAAAGGCGUUCAGACAUAGAUUCCGUUUGCCAGCUCCAUCAGCCAAUUUUCUAGCAGAUAUUAUUGGAGAACAACCUAAUGGAAAUAAAGAAGAAAAAAUCCUGUCUACACCCAGCACCAUGCAAGUAUCGUCAUCUUCUCUUGCUAAACCACAAGCCAUCAUCGACCUGCAAAAUGAUCCCAUCAUUCAGAAAUACGGACAUGAAAAAGUAGGUUUGGUCAGAUGCCUAUUGACCAAAGAAGAGAUGAAAAAAUUUGACUUUCCACUCCAAGGUUUGGCUAAUUGUAAAAACUUUGUUUCCACUGAAUGUGUUGGUCCAGUAAGCAACAGCAGUCCUCUUUUUGGACUAGACUGUGAAAUGUGCCUUACACCAAAUGGAAAUGAACUCACACGAGUUUCAUUAGUUGAUGCAAAAGGCCGUUGUGUCAUGGAUGAGCUUGUCAAACCUGACAACAAGAUUCUGAACUAUCUCACCAGGUUCUCAGGCAUCACAAGGAAGAUUCUUAAACCUGUGACCACAAAACUUAAAGACGUCCAGGCCAAGUUAAAGAAGCUACUCCCUCCAGAUGCGGUAUUAGUGGGCCAUUCCCUAAAUGCAGACCUUCAAGCCUUACAAAUGAUACAUCCCAAUGUUAUUGACACUUCAUUGCUUUUUGUCAGAGAUUUGGGACGAAGAUUUAAGCUUAAGUUCUUAGCCAAAGCUGUUUUAGGAAAGGAAAUACAGUGCCCUGACAGGGUUGGCCAUGAUUCCACAGAAGAUGCUAUGGCAACUCUUGAAUUGGCUCAGUAUUUUAUUAAACAUGGCCCAAGGAAGAUUGCAGAAAUGAAGCUGGAUAUAGCAGUAAACUCCCAACAAUUUCUGGCAAGUCCAAAACAGAAAAACACAUCGCCCUUGUGCCCCAGUGGACCCCAUAAAGAAGCAAGACCCUCAACAGAUGCAACAUGGCAGAAGAAUGCAGGUAUUUUAGAGUGUUUGGACUUGGCUGGUCGGAAACUCCUCUUCCUGUCCCAGAAAGCAGGUGGCAGCACAUUUAUGUCUUCCAGAUUCUGCCAGAGUAUUCUAUGUACUUCUGAUGAAGAGGUUCUAGAGCAAGCCCAAGCAGAAGUCCCUCUAUCAUCCUUCAGUGUCAUCCAAUUCUCACAGUGGCCACAUCCCCUCCCACCCAGCCUCACUGUUGAGAUGCAUAAAAAGAUGAAAGUCAAGUGGGCAGAAAUGUCAACUGUCUAUGCAGGGCCAUUUGGGGAAAAUUUCUGCCUUAAGCCUCUGAAGAAAUUGUUUGCAAGCUUUGGUCCUAUCCAUUCAUUGGAAAUUGUUCUUGAAACUGUUGAGCCUUACCUUUGCAUCCAGUAUGGAGUACUAGAAGCUGCCCAGCUGGCCAUAGAGACUUUGAAUGGUGCAUGUGUCCAAGGGGCCCAGAUCAAGGUGCAGAGACCAGUGCAAGAGCUCACUCUGGACUGUGACACCAUAGUGAGCACGCUGGAGACAGACCCAGAGAACGAAAGUACCAUUUAUGUGAAUGGCAUGAAGGAGAAUUAUACUGAAGAGGACAUGACCCAAAAGUUUAGUCUCUUGCCUGGUCUGGAAGCUGUCUUCUUGCCUGUGGAUCCCCAAAGCAAAAAACACAAAAAGUAUUGUUUCUUGAAAUUUAGAAGCUCUGAAUGUACCCAGAGUUCCCUGAAAAUUCUUCAGGGUCCAACUGGUCUCAGCUGGAAGUUGGUAUGCAGAAGAGCCUUGACCCCCACCCACCUCCAUGAGUGGAUCUGUCACUCCUGCCCUGACACUGUCCCACUAGUCUCAACGGAAAAGUCUCCCUUAGUAAAUAAGGGAGAAGAACUGAAGAUAGCCAUGAGUCGGUUAGAUGAAAGGGUCAAGAAGCUCCACAGGAGGCUGCCACCCAAUACUCUCUGCAUUGUUCUUCUGCCAGGAACAAAGAGUGUUCAUGGAUCAUCAACUGGCCUGGGGUUAAUAUCAAUAAAUGAUGAUGAUUUUAAAAGUGCCACCUCAGAGGUACUUUAGUAGGUUGCCAGCCAGGAUGACAACUCCUUUCCUGCUACCAUUUCCCAUCCUGCUGCACCACCUUAGCAACACAGGAAUAGAAGAAACAUGCAUCUAUCCACCUUCAAUUGCCAGUUGCAUACACAUGGAUGGCACAAGCUGGGCUCUGGGUAAAAAGCAGGCAGAUCCUUUUAUCAGCCAUUUCUCAAUUUGUGAGAAAUAUAUUUUAUGGGAUGGUGGCCAUAAAGCCGAUUCUGUUAGGAAAUUGGAUGUGUAUCCCAAAGGGGAAAAAAAUCCAAAAGACUUGAUACAUAAACCUUUUGAAGAAGGAGGUAUUAAAUGGUGACCAGGUCCAAGGCACCCAUGGCACAUUGUGCUAUGGGAAUACUUUUGCAAUUCUCUCGUAACAGCACAAUCUCAGUCCCAUCUUUAGGUGGUAAAAAUCUCUAACCAUGGGGAAAAAAAUCUUUUAAAGCUCCCUUUUUUUGUCUAUUUACAUUCUCUAAUAGAACUCUGGGCUACAAUAUUCCACUUCACUAACAGGUAUCUUCGUCUAACACACACAGAUGUUUUUAACCUGGAAUCCACAGAUCUCAAAAGGAUCUAUGAACUUGGAUGGAAAAAAAAUUACAUUUUUAUUUUCACUAACCUUUGGCUUCCUUUGUAAUCUUUUGUAUUAUAUUUUAUUCAUUUAAAAACAUUCUGAGAAGAGGUCUGUGGUUUUAACCAGAAUUUCAAAAAGGUAAAUGACAAAGUUAAGAUUUCUGAUCUAACACUUGAUAAUCAUCCUGAAAUUUUCUUAGGUUUACAUCAAUAAAAAUUAAAAAUCAGUAUCUUCCUAAUUCUUUUAAGUUGGAAAUGCAGUAAAAUGAGUUUCUAUUGUAGAGUGUUGCAUGUAAUAGGCACAAAUGUUUAUUCAAUCCAUGACCAUUUAAGCUACUAUAUGAUUAUCACAGCUGUCACUUACUAUGUGCCAGUCACUUUACAAUCAUUAUACUUACUUGAUAUGUCCCUGGGAAGUGAGUAUUUCUGUUAAUUUCACUUUAAAUUUGAUUUAAAUGAGGCAGGCAGAGGUUAAUUGACUUGUCUUGGACCACAUAGCUAAGUAAGUGUCUGUGGUCAAAUUUGAACUCGGGUCUUGACUCCAGGUCUGUUACUCUACCCAACAAGCCAACCAGCUGUGCUGAGCACGAGAGAUGCAAGUACAAAGAAUGAAACAGUCCCUGCCCACAGUGAGCUUUCAUCUAUGGUAGACAAGAAAAUACAUAAAUGUAUAUUCCACAAGUAUCAAAUGAAUAAAUUAACAGAUAAUUACCCAUUAAAUACAAGCUAUAUAUACACAUUAAAUACAAGGUAAUAGGAGAGGGAGGGCACCAGCAAUUUGGAGGACUUGGAAAGAUUAGUAUUUGGGCUGCAUCUGAAGAGAAUGACUAUGAGCUGGAGGGAAGGAGUGCAAUCCAGGCAGUUGGGAUGGUCAGAGCAGGCUGAAGAAGUUGACCAACUAGAGGAUUCACAGUCAGAUCUAUGGAAAAUGACUUGGCUGCAACAAUGAAUAGACCAGAAUGGGUAAAGAUGUGUUUAGGAAGUUAUUGCAAUAAUCUGAGAGAUAGGUAGCGUGCACACGUAAAAUCUGAAAAGGAAGAAAAGCUCCCUGUUGUAGAUUAAGAAAAAGAAUGGAACUUGGUAUCAGUCUUUAAAAAUGAAGAGAAUGAGAGCAGAGGGAUCUUGUGUUGGAUGGUCUCUUAAAUUCGCACAUAAAUGUUCUGUUCAUAUGGAUGGUCCCAUAUACCUGCAAUUCCCUUGCUCCUCACCUUCACUUUGGGGAUCCUCUGUAGUCCUUCACAUUCUAGCCCCUACAGGAAGUCCCAUCUGAUUUAAGUGCAAUUACAAUUUUGUGCUUUAUUUUGUGUUUGCUUAGGUAUUUACAAGUUUACCUCCGCUGUUGAAUUUUUCUUUCAUCAGAUUUCUUACCAGGGAUACUCAUUUAAGGGAAGGAAGAAGUGAGAGGGCUAAUUUAAAAAAAAAAAAAGG